AUGCCGAAAACGAAUGCAGAAUAUUGUCGCGAUUAUCGAAAAAAAAAAGAGGAAAAACAAGAUGGUGCAAAUGGGAAUAAUUCUGAGUCCAGUAAAGAUAAACAUGAAGAAUCAAUACUACCAAUGUCCACCAUGUCACCUCUAACAAUUAAAACUUCGCCAAAGUCAUCAUCUGCUCCUGACUCUCCUCAACAAUACAUUCAACAAAAAAUAAAGAUGUAUGACAGAGAUGAUGAUGAUUAUUUAGCUAGACGUGAACCUUCACCAAAGGAGGAAACCAAAGAGAGAGAUAGGAUGUUUGUUGAGUUUGAGAAAGAGAAGUUGUAUGCAGAGUUGAAAAAAAGAAAGAAUUCGUCAGAGGGAUAUAAAUAUUUAAAUGACAAGAAAUAA